AUGACCGAAAAGACAACAUCCAGAGGUCCUCUAGGAAGAGUUGUUGUCAUUGGCGGCAACGGCUUUCUGGGCCAUCAUAUCGUCAACCAGGCCCUCGAGAAUUGGACAACAACUGCCACCAUCGGUGUCGACCUGCGAUGCGAGCGCAACCGUAACCCCAACGCCGAGUACCACGAGUGCGACAUCACCGACUCUGAGCGUCUCCUGUCCUUAUUCGAGGAGCUCAAGCCCGACGUCGUCAUCCACACAGCCUCGCCAGUAGCUGUCAACCCUAAGAUCGGUAACGAUGUAUUCAAGAAAGUCAACGUCGAUGGCACACAGGCUGUCGUUGACGCCUGCCAGAAGACAGGUGUCAAGGCUCUCGUCUACACCAGCUCUGCUAGCGUCAUCAGCGAUAAUGUCACGGAUUUGCUGAAUGCCGACGAGCGAUGGCCUCUAAUUCGCGGCGACCAGCAGACCGAGUACUACUCCGAAACCAAGGCUCAAGCAGAGGAAAUCGUUAUCAAGGCCAACCGCCAGGAUGACUCCAAGCUCCUUACAACCUCCAUUCGCCCAGCUGGCAUCUUUGGCGAGGGUGACGUCCAGACCCUCGCAGGCAUCCUCAAUGCCUACAAGCGUGGCAAGCACACAAUCCAAGUUGGUACCAACGAGAACCUCUUCGACUUCACCUAUGUCGGCAACGUCGCCCACGCCCAUCUUCUCGCCGCGCAGCUCCUCCUCGCCACCGCCGCUUCUUCUACCGUUCCCCUCGACCACGAGCGUGUCGAUGGUGAGGCCUUCUUUAUUACAAACGACACUCCUGUUUACUUCUGGGACUUUGCCCGCACCAUCUGGCACGCCGCGGGCUACGACAAGGGAACUGAGCCUAACUGGUACCUCAAUCGUGAGCUUGGUAUUGCCUUCGGCUAUAUCAGCGAGGUGAUUGCCAGCAUUCUUGGCAAGACACCUACUCUUACUCGCAAGGCCAUCAUCAUGAGCUGCAUGACUCGCUACUACAACAUCAACAAGGCCAAGCGGGCACUGCGCUACCAGCCUCUCUGGACUCUGAAGGAGGGCAUCGAUCGCGGCGUGAACUGGUUCCUUGAGCAAGACAAGGCUGCCGCGGCCCCGGUCAAGGCAUAA